CGCCGACGAGAAUUCGCGUCCAAACGCGUCUGUGCAUUGACUUUGCAUGGGAUCUGGUCGCACGAAAAAAUCGCAAAAUGUUUGGUGUGAACGCACCUUGAGAGUAUCGUUGACCACGUGUGCAUGACGUCAGAGCAAAUCCGGAGCAAGUCGGACACAUAUCCAAUCAGCAUGCAUUGCGCGCCGAUCGCCGCCAAUCGAAUUCUGCGCAGAACUGGCUCAUCUCGAACGAGCCUAUUCUCACAGGCUACAGGUGUUACACACUGUCUGUCUCAUGAGCGGGGUGUUAUCUAGGUCAUGCACUAUGUCCCCUGACACGUUGUUACAUUCAACUCGCAAAACUCCAAUAUAAAUAUAUAUCUGUGUCACCACUUUCACCCACCUGAAAGCACAAAAUGACGCGCAUCAAGUACGACACACCCUUCGGUCUACUGAAUAAAAAAAGCGUAACGCUUCCUUCGCUUCCUACACAAAGGACCCCUUAGCUGACUGAAGUGCCUGUAUGAGCUUUACUCAUUGUCACCAAACGUUAACCUACUAAAUCAUUUCAGUUUAUAUUGCAGAUGAACAUAUGCCAGGUGAAUAAACAAAACAAUAAACAAACAAUAAUAAAUGAAUGAGAAUAUAGAGAAUAUCGGGGGUGUCCAUGUCUAUUUCCUAUUAUUGUGUCCAACAUUUAUGUGGGCCCCACAGUAUGUUUCUAUCUGUUUGUACUUUCUGGCUCUUGGCAGACACUGAUGAGUGUGAGUGAGGGCUUUUAAGACUCAAAGCAGUUGUUAUACACUGUGAAUAAAAUGUGUGUUAGGGGAGUCAAAGAUGGGAAUAUUAAGCAGGGCAGUGGACAUGCUGACUGUAUAAUUAAUGCAACACUAGUCUUUUCUUGUUGUCUACUUGUUGGACUGACCCUUAAAGGAUGAAAAGCAACCUUUGUAGAGCUUUUUACCAAGUGGAAGAGACAAAUGGUAAUAACAUACUGGAUUGUAGAGUGUGUGCAGGUCUGUGUGUGUGUUACAUGACCUCCCCUCAAAGAGCCAAAAGAUACACAAACCCAACACAAUAAAAGUCCACAUUGCUCGACAGAACUGUCCCUGUUUUACAGAUCAAACCUUCUAGAUACAGGGCUAUGAAACGUAAUUGGUUAUUUCCAGAUUCAGAUUCAACUUUAUUGUCAUUGCACAGAGUACAGGUACUGAGAAAACGGCAUUUUGCAAGCCAACUCGAAACACUUUGUUGACAGUUCAAAGAUGUGUUUGUGUGUCAAGCUUAAAUGGAUGUCCAGCUGAUUAACAUCUGGCAAAGAGUGCGUUUGCCAAGCACAAUAUUAUACAAGUGACAUGUUUCUGAAUGGCUGUCUCAUAGGAAGCAAACAAAGGUAGUUCUAGAAGGUAUUUGUACUAUUUUCAAACCAUUGCUUUAAUAAGAGGUGUGUGUGUGUGUGUGUGUGUGUGUGUGUGUGUGUGUGUGUGUGUGUGUGUGUGUGUGUGUGUGUGUCUUUCUUUUGAUUGUUUCUGUCUUUGUCCCUGUGUGUGACUCUGUGCAGGGGGGUGUUCACAUUGAAAGAUGCUAUUCAGACUCGGCCAGCUGUCUGUUAUGUAAUGGUGUAACUAGGACAAGCCCUUGCUGACUGGAUGUAGUACGUGAUGGUGUGUGUGUGUGUGUGUGUGUGUGUGUGUGUGUGUGUGCGUCUGUAGCCCAGCCCACUGUUACAGAACCCUUCCCCUGGUUGCUUUGAGGAGUCUCUAGCUGGCGGGAUCCCUGACAUUAGUGUUGCUCUCUGGCUGCCUGCUGUCUCGAGUCAUGGAUGCACAGCUGGUUAUAGCUCUGUUGGCUCUCACCUCCCUGGGUGCUGCAUCUGAACCGGACUGCAAAGAGCUGGUUAAGCCUCUGUUACUGGACAGCCACAGCCCUAUCUAUGGGAAGUGGGUGCUCCAUGUCGGGUCGUGGGACCAGCCUGGUCUGAAGAGCGACCUGGUGGUGGUGAACGGCUCCUGGGUGGAACUGUCGGCUUCCUCAGACAGCGGUGUCAUGUCCAUCUACUGGUCCGACCGCCUAAGUGACGAUAAAUGCCUGCAGGGGUUAGCCAAUGCCACCAUCUCAGGGAUGACCAGUCACACCACUUUUAAUAUCAAUGGUCACACUUCAUAUCAUGAUGGAAAGUACUACGAGACCUGCUCCGACUGCCUCCUGUCCGAAGACACCACCCUCCUCCCUGACGGCAAGUCAAAGGGACGAUACCUUUUCCUCUUCACACGUACCGGCACUUUGGAGCCAUCUGAAUUAGAAACCUUCAAGAAGCAGGCAGAGUGUCUUAAAUUCCUCCCAGAGUACCACUUUGGAGGAACAGGUCAGUUGGCAUUUGUGCUCUGUAUUUCGUAUCAAAUAAAACCAUCAAAGCACAUUAUCUUCAUGCCACCUUCUUCACCAAUCCGUGAUUUUCUGCUCUUUCAGAUCUGUGUCCAGAUGACAGGGUCUCUGCAUCAACUGGUGCCGAGAAUACAGAGAAAGAUAAAACUGAUGUUCCGCCUACUGCCAAGUAAAGCAGAGCAAAGAGAUGUCAUCGCCCUUUGAACAGCAUGCACCCAUCCAAGCGCAUCCAGCGCAACAUGUACUCACUAGUGUUGUAAUGUGAUAUAUGCACCGUGGAAUAGCUUUUAAUUAGUCCUGUUACAGCUGGUUUCAGCAGCAGCAAUGAGUUCAAGGCCUGUUGGUGUCAUGUCAUGUUAGAUCUGUGUCUAUGUGUAGUCUUAUGACUGUGUGUCUGCCUGCUAAGCUGUUUGACCUUUCAGAAUUUAGUUUAAGAACACAGUUAAACGGAUUCUGUCAGACACAUUGAUGGCUAAAAAAAUCCAUUUAAAUGCCUUGUUCAAAUCAAUUUAAUAAUCUGUUAGUUGAGUAACUAUUUCCAACUGGUUGUGCAAUGUCAA